CAAAAGUUACUCACUUGAGACUAACUGCUCACAGCAACAGCGGUGAAGCACACAAUUCAAGAGGAGGAGACAACCCCAGGGAUACAUUUGACUACUAUCUUCAAGAAGCAACUCUAGAAACAGAUUGAAAUCAAGAUGCCUGAGAAUGCUGGACACGUUAUGGAGGAGGAAGUGGAGACCUUCGCUUUCCAGGCUGAGAUUGCUCAGCUUAUGUCCCUCAUUAUCAACACCUUCUACUCAAACAAAGAGAUCUUCCUUAGAGAGCUCAUCUCCAACUCUUCAGAUGCCUUGGACAAAAUCAGAUAUGAAAGCCUGACAGACCCCAGCAGACUUGAAUCCUGCAAGGACCUGAAGAUUGAAAUCAAGCCUGACCUUGUCUCUCGCACCCUGACCCUGAUCGACACAGGCAUUGGCAUGACCAAAGCUGACCUGAUCAACAACCUGGGCACAAUCGCCAAGUCUGGCACUAAGGCUUUCAUGGAAGCACUGCAGGCUGGAGCUGACAUCUCCAUGAUUGGUCAGUUUGGUGUCGGUUUCUACUCUGCCUACCUGGUAGCUGAGAAGGUGACAGUCAUUACUAAGCACAAUGAUGACGAGCAAUACAUAUGGGAGUCUGCAGCUGGAGGCUCAUUUACAGUCAGACCAGAUACCGGAGAGUCCAUUGGCAGAGGAACAAAGGUGAUCCUUCAUCUCAAAGAGGAUCAGACAGAAUAUUGUGAGGAGAAGCGCAUCAAGGAAGUUGUGAAGAAGCACUCACAGUUCAUCGGCUACCCUAUUACACUAUAUGUGGAAAAGACAAGGGAGAAGGAAGUUGACCUGGAUGAGGGCGAGAAGGUAGAGGAAGUUGAGAAGGAGGCUGCUGAGAACACAGACAAACCCAAGAUUGAGGACGUGGGCUCUGACGAGGAUGAAGAUUCAAAGGAUGGUAAGAACAAGAGGAAGAAGAAGGUCAAGGAGAAGUACAUCGAUGCCCAGGAGCUAAACAAGACUAAGCCAAUCUGGACCCGUAACCCUGAUGACAUCACAAAUGAAGAGUAUGGAGAGUUUUACAAGAGUCUCACCAAUGACUGGGAGGACCACCUGGCUGUCAAGCAUUUCUCUGUGGAGGGUCAGCUGGAAUUCCGUGCCUUGCUGUUUAUACCCAGAAGAGCUGCAUUUGACCUCUUUGAAAACAAGAAAAAGAGAAACAACAUCAAGCUGUACGUGCGCAGAGUCUUCAUCAUGGACAACUGUGAGGAACUCAUCCCAGAGUACCUCAAUUUCAUCAAGGGUGUUGUGGACUCUGAGGAUCUGCCUCUGAACAUCUCCAGAGAGAUGCUGCAGCAGAGCAAGAUCCUGAAGGUGAUCCGCAAGAACCUGGUCAAGAAGUGCCUUGAACUGUUUACUGAGCUUUCUGAGGACAAGGACAACUACAAGAAGUUAUAUGAGCAGUUCUCCAAGAACAUCAAGCUUGGUAUCCACGAAGACUCUCAGAAUAGGAAGAAGCUCUCUGACUUGCUGCGCUACUACACCUCUGCCUCUGGUGAUGAGAUGGUUUCCCUGAAGGACUAUGUUUCACGCAUGAAGGAGAACCAGAAACAUAUCUACUAUAUCACAGGUGAGACCAAAGACCAGGUGGCAAACUCUGCCUUUGUUGAACGUCUUCGCAAAGCUGGACUUGAGGUCAUUUACAUGAUCGAGCCCAUCGAUGAGUACUGCGUCCAGCAGCUGAAGGAGUAUGAUGGCAAGAACCUGGUGUCAGUGACCAAGGAGGGUCUGGAGCUGCCUGAGGAUGAGGAUGAGAAGAAGAAGCAGGAGGAGCUCAAAACUAAAUUUGAAAACCUUUGCAAGAUCAUGAAGGACAUCCUCGACAAGAAAAUUGAAAAGGUCACAGUCUCCAACCGCCUUGUCUCCUCCCCAUGCUGCAUCGUCACCAGCACCUACGGCUGGACUGCAAACAUGGAGAGGAUCAUGAAGUCUCAGGCCCUCAGAGAUAACUCCACCAUGGGCUACAUGACAGCUAAGAAACACCUUGAGAUCAACCCACUGCAUCCCAUUGUUGAGACCCUGAGGGAUAAGGCAGAGGCUGACAAAAACGACAAGGCUGUUAAAGACUUGGUCAUCCUCCUUUUUGAGACCGCCUUGCUAUCUUCGGGAUUCACACUGGAGGACCCACAGACACACGCCAACCGCAUCUACAGAAUGAUCAAGCUUGGUCUCGGCAUUGAUGACGAUGAUUCUGCAGUAGAAGACCUUAUUCAGCCUGCUGAUGAAGACAUGCCAGUCUUGGAAGGAGAUGAUGACACAUCAAGAAUGGAGGAAGUUGACUAAACUACUUUCUAGAUGCUUCUUUUUUCAUUCUUAAUUUUUAUUUUUGUAAAUUACCUCAUUUAUUCAUAAAGUCAUUUCAGUUUCA